GGUGAAGCGGAUGUUUAUAUUCCGCACCAACAGUGAAGAAUGGGCGAGCAAUGACAGCAGAAGUGAGAGAUGGAUCGAGAACACAGAACACACUCAGCACAACACUCCAACACACCAUUGCAUCGUCUGUCAUGCAUGCAGCUUGGCCUAUAGCCUGUACUGUCUAGAUCCUAUCGCGCUACAGCGCAAGGAAGAGAAAAGGGCUGUGCUUCCUGAAUCAAACCCAGUCCUGCUGCUCCAUGUUUCCUAUGCUAACCCUUUUGAGCAUGUUUUACUAUAUCUGUCUGCGGCGGCGCUCCAGGAGCGGGACACGGAGCGAGGCGUUGGGUAGCCGGCGGGCAGUGGAGCUGGGCCAGCGUUCUGCGCUGCCUGUCACCGUUGAGGUCGAGCAGUAUGGCAAAGAGGUCCUGGACUUCAGUUCUCACUACGGCAGCGAGAACAGCAUGUCCUAUACCAUGUGGAAUCUAGCGGGCGUACCUAACGUCUAUCCCAGCUCAGGAGACUUCACCCAGACCGCUGUGUUCCGGACUUAUGGAAGCUGGUGGGAGCAGUGCAUCAGCUCCUGUCAACGGUUCCGUCGUACGCCGCCUAGUUUCCACAGCCAGGACUACCUGGAACUGGCCUUCGAGGAGCCCGUCUAUCCCACAGCCGUGGAGGUGCUGGAGACCUACCACCCCGGGGCCAUUGUCAAGAUCCUAGCGUGCUCGCUCAACCCUUUCUCCCAGAACCCUCCUGCUGAUGUGAGGUGGGAGGUUCUGUGGGCGGCAAGCCCAACAAAGCUGACCCCUCAGGCUCGACAGUUCUCCCCCAGCAUCAAGCAGAUCAAUUUUGCAACCAACCUGUUGCGUCUGGAAGUGAACAGCUCCGUUUUGGAAUACUACACGGAGCUGGAUGCUGUGAUCCUGCGAGGCGUUCGGGAAAGACCUAUUCUGGCCCUCUAUAAGAUCCCUGUCAUCGACAUCAAUGAUCUGAGUGACAGUGAAGAGGAGAUCAGUGAUGCAGGAGGCCUCUGCUGCAGGUCGGCUGGAGAAAACCGGCACAACUUGGGGAACGGCUACUUUGAUAGGCUCCCUUAUGAGCUAAUCCAACUGAUCGUGAGUCACCUGCCCGUUCCGGACCUGUGCCGAUUGGCUCAGAGCUGCAAGCUUUUUCACAAACACUGCUGCGACCCGCUGCAGUACAUUCAGCUCAGCCUGCAGCCGUACUGGGCCCGUCUCACAGACGCCUCUCUGAGCCACCUGCAAAGCCGCUGCACCCUCCUGCAGAGACUGAACAUGUCCUGGACGGGCAACCGUGGAGCCGUGACGGCCACUGGAUUCUGCAGCUUUAUGAAGGCCUGUGGGGUGAGUCUGGUGUGUUUGGAGCUGUCGUGCUGCCAUUUCCUGACUGAAGCGUGUUUAGAAGUGAUCGCCCAGACGUGUCCGUGCCUCCAGGAGCUCAAUUUGGCUUCCUGUGACCGUCUGCAACCUCAGGCCUUCAAUCACAUCGCCAAACUCACUAAUCUACGCAGACUCGUGCUGUACCGCACCAAAGUUGAGCAAUCAGCCAUAUUGAGCAUCCUCACCUUCUGCCCAGAGCUGAAGCACCUUAACGUGGGAAGCUGUGUCAUGAUUGAGGACUAUGAUGUGGUGGCGAGUAUGCUGAGCGCACGCUGCCGUUCUCUGCGCUCCCUCGACCUGUGGCGCUGCAGGAACCUUAGCGAGCGCGGUCUGGCAGAGCUGGUUUCGGGCUGCAGGCUCCUGGAAGAGCUGGACCUGGGUUGGUGCUCCACGCUUCAGAGCAGCUCCGGCUGCUUCCAGCACUUGGCCCGCAGUUUACCCCGCCUACGCAAGCUCUUCCUCACCGCCAACCGCACCGUGUGUGACUCUGACCUGGAGGAGCUGGCCGCUAACUGCAGCGCUCUGGAGCACCUUGAUAUACUGGGCACACGGAUGGUGAGCCCUGCCUCUCUGCGGAAGUUACUGCAGAGUUGUCCUCAGCUAAAGCUGUUGGACGUGUCCUUCUGCUCGCAGGUCGACUCUCGCUUCGUCCAGGAGCUCAGUGGCCUUUUCCCAAAGGUGUCCAUCAAGAAGAGUUUCACUCAGUAAAACUCUGUGGGGUCCCGAGCAGGAGCAGCUUUACGGGGACGGUUUUUAAGACCCCAGGGAGAAGUGUGGCGCAUGGUGCUGUGAACUUUCUGCCUUGAACUGCACGGAGCUGUGA